AGGAGCGGAGGUGGGCGUGCGCUUCCGGUAGCCGGGUUGGUUGCGGAGGAGCCGCCUUACACAAGGACAGGGGCGGCCGGCGGUUGUCAGUCGUUUCUGCGGCUCGUUGACGGGGCGGCGGGCGGUGAACUCCCGGUAACGGCCGGCGGCUUCACACACGCAGGAAGGCUGCCCUAUGAGAUGGAGCUGAACCUGUAGGAGAGAGAUUAAUCUGAUUCUCCUAUUACAAUGUCGCAAAAUAAUAAAGAAUCUGUAGUUAUGGCUGGGAGCCUAGCCUCUAAAGCUUUCAAUCACAAUGGAGUGUUGCAGACUGUUAUUAAGCAAGAAGUUGUGGAGAGUUCCAAAAGUCAACCAACUCACAAGCAAUCUGACAAAAGUGUAGCUGGUGGUGGAAAUAAUGGCGAGGAAGAGCAACGUGUAGUGAAAAAGCGGGGCUGGCCAAAAGGAAAGAAAAGGAAGAAGGUUUUGCCCAAUGGCCCUAAGGCACCAGUAACUGGGUAUGUCCGGUUCCUCAAUGAGCGUCGAGAGCAAAUUCGUAUGCAACACCCAGACCUGCCGUUCCCAGAAAUCACCCGCAUGCUCGGAAAUGAAUGGAGCAAACUUCCUGCUUUGGAAAAGCAGCGUUAUCUGGAUGAAGCAGAAAAAGACAAGCAACAAUAUCUAAAAGAACUUAAAGAAUUUCAGCAAACUGAGGCAUAUAAGAUGAGUGCACAAAAAAUCCAGGAGAAGAAACUGAAGAAAGAAGAAUUGUGGUCAGGUGUUAAUGGACCAGUCCCUAAGAUCACUGAUGAUGCACCAGACAGGAUUUCUAUGUUUGAUACCCCAAUUUUUACAGAAGAGUUCCUUGACCAGACCAAAGCGCGUGAAUCAGAAUUGCGAAAAUUAAGAAAGUCAAAUGUAGAAUUUGAAGAGCAGAAUAUUAUCUUGCAAAAACACAUAGAGAGUAUGAAUAAUGCCAAAGAGAAAUUGGAACAGGAGUUGGCACUGGAAGAGAGACAAACAUUGACACUGCAGCACCAGUUGCAAGCUGUACGACAGGCCCUGACUGCCAGCUUUGCUUCUGUUCCCAUACCAGGCACUGGAGAAACGCCAACCGAAGGAACACUUGAUACUUACAUGGCCAAACUUCACAAUAUCAUCGAGAGCAGCCCCUUAGAAUAUGAAAAACUAGUUGGAAGGGUGCAGGAGAUCAUCAAUCAGUUAGAUAGUGAUAAACUAUGAACAUAGGAAGAAAGCUCCCAGAAUGACCAUAUCCUUGUUACUGGAUCACCUGCAGUCUGUAACUUGUGGAACUUGGGAGAAAUAAUGCAAAUGGUUACCUUUUUAGUCUUUGAUUAUUGCACACAUUUGGUAUACCAGUUUUGAUAUUCUUCUAGGAUGUCUGUGAUUUUAAUAUUGCUUUGUCUUGUAUGGUUGUUAUGAUGUUUGAAGUCUUUCAGUGUAUGAUAUACUCUGGGGUUUGUGAAUUAUGUGCAAAAGUAUAAGCCUUUGGGCAUUCAUGACUAGGGGUUUGGAUUGUAUUAUUUUUAUGAAUUAACUAGUUUUUUAUUAAAUGGUUUGGUUUGUUUUUGCAACCAAAACCAUGAGCAUUUUAUUUCUACUGAACCCAGGUAUUACCCUAGAUCUUUUAGUUUUCAGACACUAUUUUACACAAUUCAUUAUUAUCCUCGUAUGUAAUUAGAAAACAUAGAAAACCUACAGCACAAUUCUAGCACAAUUGUGCUAGAAAAAUGGCAAUAACAAGACAAAAUGUCUUUAAGCUUCUUGGGGAUAUGAGAGAUGGUGAGAGAAUGGAGUUCCUGCAACACAUUUCUCAAAAUUACAUGGCAAUUUAGCAGGGCAUGGGGAGUGUGCCAGUAUUUAUCUGAAGAAAAGUUCUACCAUGGAAAUGAUGCAGUUGUCCUUUAGAAAUGUUGGCUUUACCCUUGAACAGAUUGCAAAUUGUAUACAGUUUGUACUCUGCACUAAACCGAAUUGAUCCAUAAAUAUCUAUGAUAUCCAUUUAAUUACAUUGAAGUAUAAAGUUCUGAAAAUGAGUUUUAUGAUGACAUUUAGAACAUUUCGUGGUAGAAAGUGCAUUGAUAUUUUUUUUUGUGUAUAACAAUCUCUUGCUGGUACUUGUGACCUAGCAAUUCUUGUGCUAGGAAAUUCAUUUUAAAAAUCAAGUAACAUUUUAUUAUUUCCUUUUUAAAUGAUUUUCUAGCAGCCAUGGAGAUACUGGAAGAGGCAAGUUAACUCUCCAUUGGCACCAAAGCAUCUAUUGAAACUUUUGUAAUAUUAAACUAUAGUAUUUUUCUCCCCACAACCUUGUCUUUUUUGAAAUGCACCAUUAACUUUAAGUUAGGACACUAUACUGUUCAUCCUCUUGUUGCCUUUAUGUAACUGUAAAAAGUGUAAAAUAAACACAACUGUGCAUCGAA